AUGCGGGCGGUGCUGCCUGGCAGACCCCCAGCGAAGCUCCAGACCCUGAGCACCGCGCUGUGCGAAAAUGUCCGCAUAAUUUCCUACAUUUCCGGCAAUGCUCUCGUCAUCCUCACCGGAGCGCACAAGCUCCAACAGACCAUCUACCUGGAUGACGCGGAACAACUCGAAGCUAUCGUAAUCGAUGAAGCUUCGGGUAGAAUUGCGGUGGCUGGGGGUCCGGAUAUUUCGGUUUUUAACCCAUAUCGGGUUGGCGAUGAUACCUGGAAGUGGAGUUUAUGCCAUACGUUUCGCGCACCGGACGACGACGGGAGAGUCAAUGUGCUAUCAUGGGGCGCAGCCAAUGAGCUCCUGGCUGGUAACUCGUGCCUGACUCUCUGGUACCUCACGGACGAGCCGCAAAUCAUCUGGACGAGAGACGUCGCAAAUCCGGUCAAAUUUGCGCAAUUCUCCCACGAUGCGAGCUUGAUAGCGUCCACGGGCCAAUACGAUCGUCUGGUCAAGGUAUGGAAACGACUCUCUUUCAACACGCACGAUGUCCGCUUCGAGAUCUCCUACCUUCCUCACCCAGAUACCGUCACAGGCAUGCACUGGAGGCGGCCGCAACAUCCGGAACAGACCAUGGACAAUAUUCUUUAUACAAUAUGUGCGGAUAAUAAAAUACGGGUUUGGGCGGCCAUGGAUCGGACAGGUUCCAUGUCGGCGCUACAACUUUGGACAGAGAUCGAUAUGGUUGAUGCGAUUCAGCCAAGGCAACCUGAUAAUAGUGAGUUUGGAAAAAGGAGGUAUGGGUUCAUAAUUGACGGUCGGGACUUUUCCGUUGCUACGGAACAUGCCGUGCAGUCCGGGGCUGCACAGCAAGGGCAUAAUCCUGCGCUGGAGCAUCUUGUGGAAGUGGCAACUAAGAGCCCGGAAGUGUGUAUUGUCAUGGAUGGCAGAGGCCAUAUGUCUGCAUGGGGACUUGAGAAUGUCGGAUGCAAAGCACGGUCAUCCCGGAAUAUGUUCAAUAUAACGCAUGUGGAAGGAUUGAACAUAUCUUUUGCUUCAGGCAUUCAACCAAGUGAUGACUAUGCCCAAUUUUAUGCCUUUGCUGGUGGAGAAUCUGAGGACUCAUUCACGAUUUUGGUCCAUUAUUUUGACGGGAGGAUUGAGUGGUUUGACUCCAGGGCGGAGGUGUUGUUUGAUCCAUCGCAGCGAAAGAGGCGGUUGACUUCCAGAGCAGUAUGGUCCGGGCAUGCAGGACCUGUCAAGAAGAUAGUACGGAAUGUCAGUGGGAAAGUUCUUGUUUCGCGCACUGACGAUAACAAGGCCACGGUUUGGCGACAGAGGGCUAGCAGUUCCGGUUCUGUUCUUGUUCGACAAAGUGCUCUCUACUCAGAUCUUCAUAUUCACCGCACUUGUUUGAUUGGUGAUGGGAAAUUCCUGAUAAAUCUACACCACAAAAGCAUUUCUCUUUGGGAUACCCGCUCAUUAUAUGCGGAGAGGGUGGCAACAUGCGAUUUCAGGUUGGCGUCGAAACCACUUUGUGUCUUACUCCUACCGACUACUGAGAAGAACAGUUCAACCGUCUACGUGGCAGCAAUUGCCGCCGAUAUGACUGGAGUUGCUUGGGAAAUUGGGCUUCCAGAAGAGCAUGUUAUUGCGAAUGGGGCAAAUGGAUUCCAUUGUCCUAAGAUGCGGGAAUUUUGCACGUUCAAUCUCGGUAUUGAUGAAGAUGUGGCUUAUAUUUUACCAAUCGACCCAGCAGGUUCUACUAUGAUGAUUUCCGGUUUCCUCGAUCUCUUUGCAACUGAUAUAGCUCUGUCAUACACCAACAGUGGAACAGUCAGGACCUGGACGGCGAAAGUUGAUAAGGAGUACGAGAAAAUUGAUUGGCUCCUAACCUCUACGGUUGAGACUGGGAUAUGUAACCCGUCACUUGCUAGCGGUGCCUCAAUGCGAAAGGCAGCAAUCGUUGACCAAAAUCGAACGCGACUCACGAUAUGGGAUACCACUGGAUCUCAGUUGGAGUUUGAGGAGAGUUUUUCGCAACAGGAUAUUAUCAAGGAUCUAGAUUGGGCGUCGACACCUCAUACCCAAUCCAUUCUGGCCGUUGGAUUUCCCCACAAGGUGGUUCUUAUGUCCCAGCUACGGUAUGACUACCUUGACGCAGGGCCAUCCUGGACGCAGAUCAGGGAAAUCCGUAUACGUGAUCUAACACCUCACCCGAUUGGUGACUCUUGCUGGCUUGGCAAUGGUAAUCUUGUUGUUGGAUCUGGCAAUCAGCUAUUUGUCUAUGACAAGCAUAUCGAACUCAGCAACUGGUUGGUCACUAAUCUUCGUCUCCCAGCGCGUCAGACGUAUGUGGAUCUUUUCGAUGCUGUUAGUCGGUUGAAUGGCACAUUACCAGUGUUUCAUCCCCAGUUUUUGUCACAAUGCAUUCUUUCCGGAAAGACAAAUUUGGUACACCUAAUUCUUACAAGUCUCUAUCGAAAACUUAAAUUCUAUACCGAGGGGGACGAACUUGAUGCAUUCCUGGAUAUCCCGCUUGAAGAUAUAUAUCGAAAUGACGAUAUAUUGGCAAAGGUAAAUUGGAAAGAAAUGAAUUCACGCUAUGCCGACUUUACAACGGAUGAUGAAGCUUCUGUUGUGGAUGAGACGCUCGCAAGGUCGCUGAAUGAGAAUUUGAUGCGAGUCGCGUUGCCUCAACUAACAAGUACAGAGCAGUUCCGUGUUGUUGAUAUUAUUGAAUGUGUGGCAACUGUCGACAAAUAUCGUCGGUCAAUGGAUGACAACGCUGCCCGGUAUAUACUUUUUUUCCGGCAACACAUGCUAAGGAAAAGCCAGGGUCUUCCAGAACAGCCCUCUAUCUCAUGGCGCGAGAUUGUAUGGGCUUUGCACAGCGAUAGUCAUGAGAUCCUCACGGAUCUGGUCUCCAGGCAAUACCAUAGCAAAAUGCUUUGGGAACAUGCGAGAGAGAGCGGAUUAUUCAUGUGGAUUACGGAUUUGAAUGCCUUGCGAACCCAACUUGAAGUCAUUGCGCGCAACGAAUAUACCAAAACAGACGAAAAGAAUCCCAUCGACUGCAGCCUUUAUUACCUCGCGCUUAGGAAGAAGAACGUUCUCCAGGGUCUUUGGCGAAUGGCAAACUGGAAUCGUGAACAGUCUGCGACCCAGCGGCUAUUGAGCAAUAACUUUAACGAACCGAGGUGGAGGACAGCGGCACUUAAAAAUGCAUAUGCAUUGCUAGGGAAACGGAGAUUUGAGUAUGCUGCUGCUUUCUUUCUGCUGGCAGACCACCUGCGUGAUGCUGUUUACGUAUGCAUGAAUCAACUCCAGGACGUGCAGUUAGCUAUUACGAUUUCAAGAGCCUACGAAGGCGAUGAUGGGCCAGUGCUCAAGGAGAUCUUAGAGAAAAUUCUUGUCAAUGCUACUUCUGAAGGAAAUCGGUGGAUGGCAACAUGGGGCUUUUGGUUAUUAAAUCGACGAGAUAUGGCUGUACGCGCGUUGAUAUCACCAAUCGAAACCCUUAUCGUAUCCUCACUCUCCUCUCCCACUACCCCUGGGACAAUUGCGCUACAGGCAAAAUCGUACCUAUCCAACGAUCCUGCCCUUGUCAUCCUCUACAAACAACUCCGCGACAAGACCAUGCAAACACUUACAGGCGCGAUGAAAAUCCCAGCCAGGGACGAGUGGGAAUUUGUCAUGCGCAACGCCCGGCUAUAUGACCGCAUGGGCUGCGAUCUUCUCGCUCUCAACCUCGUGCGAGAAUGGGAGUUCCUUAAAUCGUCUCCUCAACCCAGAAAGGAUCAGCCCACACCUCUCUCAUUUACAACACCGGAUCUGCGAAAGCUGCUGAAACGGAGGAGCAGUUUAGUUGUUGCUGAUAUGCCACUAUCGUCAGGGUUACAGGAGGAGUUGAAGAGUCAAAUUAGUCCAAAGAAUGGGAAGCAUAGGUCCCCGUCUAUGUUUGAGGAACCGGAUUCCAAUUCAUUGUUGGAUAGUUUUGGCUUUUGA